AUGAAAAAAUGUUGGUUCCAUUCGAUGUUAUCCAAUGUGGAGUUAGAAUACAGGUGUAGGCUAAGUAAAUCAAUGGAUAAUCUUGGUCCUCUUGAAAAUACCAGUGUAAGUGAAGACCCGAUUCUAAAUGAUACAGAAAAAAACACCUAUAAUUGGAGUCAUAGUGACAGUAGUAAUGUUGAUCAUUUAGUCGGCGUUAGGGACAUUCGGAAUUUAAACGUGGAUGACACUUUUUUAGUUUUAGGUAGGGAUAAUAAAAAAGACGGUUAUUCCAUAUAUUUUGAUAUUGAAAAUCAAGUUUUUGGGAUUGACAAUAAUCAUUCUUUUUUGAGUGAAUUAGAAAAAGAAUUUUCUAGUUAUUGGAAUUCUAGUUAUUUAAAUAAGGGGUCUAGGAGUGACGAUUCCCACUAUGAUUAUUCUAUGUAUGAUAAUAAAUAUAGUUGGAAUAAUUACAUCAAUAGUUGCAUUGACAGUUAUCUUCGUUCUCAAAUCGGGAUUGCUAGUUCUAUUUUAAGUGGUAGUGAAAAUUACAACGAAAGUUACAUUUCUACUUACAUUUUGGGUGAAAGUAGAAAUAAUAGUGAAACCGGGAAUUCCAGGCUAAGAACUAGCACGAACGGCAGCGAUUUCGCUCUAAGAGAAAAUUCUAAUGAUCUCGGCGUAACUCAAAAAUACAAGCAUUUGUGGGUUCAAUGUGAAAUUUGUUAUGGAUUAAAUUAUAAGAAAUUUUUUAAAUCAAAAAUGAAUAUUUGUGAACAAUGUGGAUAUCAUUUGAAAAUGAGUAGUUCAGAUAGAAUUGAACUUUCGAUUGAUCCAGGCACUUGGGAUCCUAUGGAUGAGGAGAUGUUCUCUCUGGAUCCCAUUGACUUUCAUUCAGAGGAGGAACCUUAUAAAGAUCGUAUUGAUUCUUAUCAAAAAAAGACAGGAUUAACCGAGGCCAUUCAAACCGGCAUAGGUCAACUAAACGGCAUUCCCGUAGCAAUUGGGGUUAUGGAUUUUCAGUUUAUGGGGGGUAGUAUGGGAUCGGUAGUAGGCGAGAAAAUUACUCGUUUAAUCGAGUAUGCUACCAAUCAAUUUUUACCUCUUAUUCUAGUGUGUGCUUCCGGAGGAGCACGCAUGCAAGAAGGAAGUUUGAGCUUGAUGCAAAUGGCUAAAAUUUCUUCCGCUUUAUAUGAUUAUCAAUCGAAUAAAAAGUUAGUUUAUGUAUCAAUUCUUACAUCUCCUACGACUGGGGGGGUGACAGCUAGUUUUGGUAUGUUGGGGGAUAUCAUUAUUGCUGAACCCAACGCCUACAUUGCAUUUGCAGGUAAAAGAGUAAUUGAACAAACAUUGAAUAAGACAGUACCUGAAGGUUCACAAGCGGCUGAAUUUUUAUUCCAUAAGGGCUUAUUCGAUCCAAUCGUACCACGUAAUCUGUUAAAGGGCGUUCUGAGUGAGUUAUUUCAGCUCCACGCUUUCUUUCCUUUGAAUCAUAACUUAAGUAGAACCUUAACUUAA